GAAGGCUGCGCCAACGUCUGCCCGCACUCAUUGACACACCCACCACCUAAGCCCCGUUUUGAUCCAGAAAUAAAAAAACAAUAUGAUCCUUAAAAAUGUUAUGAAUAACGUAUCAGUGGGGCCAGAACAGAAGACGACAACCACUUUCAGCGCUCUCCUGAAAAUACUGCUUUCACAUUCUACCUUUUUGGAAUGUCGUCUUCUCCAAUCAUAAACGAGUCGACUAUCAACUCGAGAGGUAUACAAGUUGAUUGACGUCCGGAAAGAGUUUUUGUGGGGCAAGCACAAAAAUCGCCUGAGUGAGAAGUGAAGUGACUACCAGGGAAACUUAAAAAGAGACAGGGUGAAAUUGCGGGCGCUGUGUGUGUGUGUGUGUGUGUGUGUGUGUGCGGGACGAGACCAUGCUCGGGUGUGAGGGAGGGGCAGGGCUGCGGAGGUGGCUGACCCUGGUCACAGGGCUGCUGGAGUGCCUUGGUUUUGCUGGGGCCGUGUUCGGCUGGGCCUCCCUGGUGUUCGUCCUGAAGACAGAAGGCUACUUCAGCUGCCUGUGUGUCAACAUCCCCGGGGUCAAUGGAAUGCAAUUCCUAGACUGCAGUGGUCAGGAUGAACAGUUCUCCCUCAUCUUCACCAUCGCUUCCUUCAUGACCAACUUCCUACUGCUGCCCAAUGGCUUCCUGUUCGACCGUUUCGGCACCAUGGCAGUCAGGCUGCUGGGAAUAUCGCUGUACACCACUGGUGCCUUGCUUGUUGCCUUUUCAAGUUCAGCUCUCUCCUCUCUCCUCUUUCCGGCCCUGUCCUUCAUCGCUGUGGGAGGCAUAUUGUUUCUGGUCACCAACAUGCAGAUAGGCAACCUGUUUGGUUCCGCUCGCUCCACUGUCAUCACCCUUUACAAUGGUGCCUUCGACUCCUCCUCCGCCGUCUUCCUCAUCGUCAAGCUGCUAUUUGAGGUUGGGAUCUCUCUACGUGCCUCUUUCCUCUUCCUGGCUGCGUGUGGCAUCAUCCACCUGGCCAGGACCUUCCUCCUUCUACCCAGAACACACAUCCCCUACCCCCUCCCUGAGGGCUACACCUACGGGAUGAAGAGCCGUGGCCAGGCCAAGACCUUCAGCUCAGAACAGGCAGCAGCCAACGACAACAUGCAGAGGGAUGAUGUCACGGAGGAAAUGCCUUUUAACAAGGAGAGCGCAGAGAAAGUGGCUACUUUCUGGGAGUGUUUCCUGUCCAAGUUCUUCCUCUGGCACCUGGUGUGGCUUUCUGUCAUGCAGCUGAGGCACUACCUGUUCAUCGGCACCCUCAACCCCAUGCUGCAGAGACUGACCCAGGGAGAACCCUCUCUGGUGAGCACGUACACCAAUGCGUUUGCUGUGACCCAGCUGUGUGGGGUGCUGUGUGCCCCCUGGAACGGCCUCAUCAUGGACCGACACAAGGGCAAGCCCAGGACCGCCGGAGUGAGUGAGAAGGAGGCAGACCUGCGUGCGUCGGUGUUCUCCCUGACCCUGACGGCGCUGCAGUGUGUUCUGUUCUCCAUCUGUGCCUCCACCCCCUUCCUCCCCCUCCAGUACCUCACCUUCAUCCUGCAGGUCCUCAACCGAUCCUUCCUCUACGGAGGCCAUGCAGCCUUCAUCAGCAUUGUUUUUCCUCCCUGUCACUUUGGGAAGCUGUAUGGUAUGGCCAUGGCUCUGUCUUCAGUGGUUUCUCUGCUGCAGUACCCCUGCUUUAUCCUGGUCAAAGGAGUGCUGGGAGGAGACCCACUAUACGUGAACAUAGGUCUGACGUUACUCAGCCUGCUGGCCUUCAUCCAUCCUGUCUGUGUCUAUCUGCAUUGUCGUGGCCUGGCUGCCCGGAGGGGUAAACCCAAGGACUCACCUUCCUCUUAGACCAGCUCUAAAAAUACUUUCAAAUGGUCAUUUCAGCCCUCACUACUAUAGGACACCAAUAAGAAGAAGAGACUUGCUUGAGCCAAGAAACAUGAGCAAUGGACAUUAGACCGGUAGAAAUGUGUCCUUUGGUCUGGAGUCCAAAUUGUAGAUGUUUGGUUCCAACCGCCGUGACUUUGUGAGACGCAGAGUAGUUAAACGGAUGAUCCCUGCAUGUGUGGUUCCCAACGUGAAGCACGGAGGAGGAGGUGUGAUGGUGUGGGGGUGCUUUUCUGGUGACACUGUCUGUGAUUUAUUUAGAAUUCAAGGCACACUUAACCAGCAUGGCUACCACAGCAUUCCGCAGCGAUACCCCAUCCCAUCUGGUUUGAGCUUAGUGGGACUAUUUUUAGAUUUUUAACAGGACAAUGACCCAACACACCUCCAGGCUGUGUAAGAGCUAUUUUACAAAGGAGAGUGAUGGAGUGCUGCAUCAGAUGAUCUGGCCUCCACAACCCCCCGACCUCAACCAAAUUGAGAUGGUUAGGGAUGAGUCGGACCGCAGAGUGAAGGAAAAGCAGCCAACAAGUGCUCAGCUAUAUGUGGGUACUCCAUCACCACUGGAAAGGCAUUCCAGGUGAAACUAGUUGAGAGAAUGCCAAGAGUGUGCAAAGCUGUCAUCAAGGCAAAGGGUGGCUAUUUGAAGAAUCUCAAAUAGAACAUAUAUUUUGAUUUGUUUAACCCUUUUUUGGUUACCACAUGAUUCCAUGUGUUAUUUAAUAGUUUGUUUUCACUAUUAUUCUGCAAUGUAGAAAACAGUAAGAAAUAAAAACCCUUUAAUGAGUAGGUGUUCUAAACCUUUGGACCGGUAGUGUAUUUUUAUUCCAUCUUGCCUUUGCCACUCAGUCAUUGCUCAUCCAUAUAUUUAUACAGUGGCAAGAAAAAGUAUGUGAACCCUUUGGAAUUACCUGGAUUUUUGCAUAAAUUGGUCAUAAAAUGUGAUCUUCAUCUAAGUCACAACAAUGGACAAACACAGUCUGCUUAAACUAACAACACAAACAAUUAUAUGUUUUUAUUGAACACACCGUGCAGGGUGGAAAAAGUAUGUGAACCCUUGGAUUUAAUAACUGGUUGACCCUCCUUUGGCAGCAAUAACCUCAACCAAAUGUUUUCUGUAGUUGUGGACCAGACCUGCACAACGGUCAGGAGGAAUUUUGGACCAUUCCUCUUUACAAAAUUGUUUCAGUUCAGUAAUUUUCUUGGAAUGUCUGGUGUGAACCGCUCUCUUGAGGUCAUGACACAGCAUCUCAAUCGGGUUGAGGUCCGGACUUGGACUGGGCCACUCCAGAAGGCAUAUUUUCUACUGUUGAAGCCAUUCUGUUGUUGAUUUAUUUCUGUGUUUUGGGCCGUUGUCCUGUUGCAUCACCCAACUUCUGUUGAGCUUCAAUUGGCCGACAGAUAGCCUCCUGCGAAAUGUCUUGAUAAACUUGGGAAUUCAUUUUUCCAUCGAUGAUGUCAAGCUGUCCAGGCCCUGAGGCAGCCCCAAACCAUGAUGCUCCUUCCACCAUACUUUAGGAUGAGGUUUUGAUGUUGGUGUGCUGUGCCUUUUUGUCUCCACACAUAGUGUUGUGUUCCUUCCAAACAACUCAACUGUAGUUGCAUCUGUCCACAGAAUAUUUUGCCAGUAGCGCUGUGGAACAUCCAGGUACCCUUUUGCGAACUUCAAACGUGCAGCAAUGUUUUUUUUGGACAGCAGUGGCUUCUUCUGUGGUGUCCUCCCAUGAACACUAUUCUUAUUUAGUGGUUUACCUAUUGUAGAUGUUAGCAUGUUCCAGAGAUUUCUGUACGUCUUUAGCUGACACUCUAGGAUUCAUCUUAAUCUCAUUGAGCAUUCUGCACUGUGCUCUUGCAGUCAUCUUUGCAGGACGGCCACUCCUAGGGAGAGUAGCAACAGUGCUCUACUUUCUCCAUUUAUAGACAAUUUGUCUUUUAGACAUACUUUUGUAACCCUUUCCAGCUUUAUGCAAGUCAACCAUUUUUAAUCUUAGGUCUUGAGAACUCUUUUGUUCAAGGCAUGGUUCACGUCAGGCAAUGCUUCUUGUGAAUAUGAAACUCAAAUUUUGUGAGUGUUUUUUAUAGGGCAGGCCAGCUCUAACCAAUAUCUCCAAUCUCGUUUCAUUGAUUGGACUCCAGGUUAGCUGACUCCUGACUCCAAUUAACUUUCAAGAAGUCAUUAGCCGAGGGGUUCACAUACUUUUUCCAAACUACACUGUGAAAUGUUUAAAUUAUACAUUCAAUAUAGACAAGAAAAAUACAAUAAUUUGUGUGUUAUUAGUUUAAGCACACUGUGUAUGUCUAUUGUUGUGACUUAGAUGAAGAUCAUAUCAAAUUGUAUGACCAAUUUAUGCAGAAAUCCAGGUAAUUCCAAAGUGUUCACAUACUUUUUCUUCCCACUGUAUGUAUAUAUUCUUACACCACUCUUUUACUUAGAUUUGUGUGUAUUAGGUAUUUGUUGUGGAAUUGUUAGAUUACUUGUUAGAUAUUGCUGCAGUCGGAACUAGAAGCACAAGCAUUUCGCUCCUCUCGCAAAAACAUCUGCUCACCAUGCGUAUGUGACCAAUCAAAUUUGAUAAAGCAUUAUUAACUA